AUGACGAUUUCAGGCUCGUCUCAUCCCAAUGGCACCUCGACAGAGGAGUGCUUUACUGUGCCAUUCUUAAUUGACGGGGAGAAGUUGUAUCCUCAGAACACAUUCGAUGUUGUGUCGCCUGCUACCAGCAAGGUUCUACACAAGUGCGGUAGUGCCACUGAGAAAGAUGCUCUCGCGGCAGUUGAUUCUGCCGCAAAGGCUUUCAAGAGCUGGCGUAGAACAACGCCAUCAGAGCGUCAGGAAAUUUUUCUGAAGACUGCCGCCAUCAUGCAGAGCCGGAAGGAAGAGCUUUCUCGAAUUAUGUCAGAGGAGACCGGCGCGGCCCCAGGCUGGUCCGAUUUUAUUGUUGGGUUGGGCAUUGGAUGUAUUAAAGACGUUGCUGGGCGGCUUGUCACUGUGGAGGGCGCAAUUCCCUCAACAAGGGAUCCGGACGUGAGCGCCUUGGUGGUGAAGGAACCCUACGGCGUUGUGCUCGCUAUUGCGCCCUGGAAUGCACCUUACAUACUGGGCGCAAGAUCAAUCGCAUUCCCUAUUGCAGCUGGAAACACCGCCAUUCUUAAGGCUUCGGAAUUGUCUCCACGGGUAUUCUACGAAUUGGCUUCCUGCUUCCACGAGGCUGGGCUGCCCAAAGGUGUGUUGAACGUGAUAGCUCAUGAGCCAGCCAAUGCCGCGGCUGUCACGACAUCACUCAUUGCGCACCCCGAUAUCAAGAAGAUCAAUUUUACGGGUAGUACCAAUGUUGGGAGGAUCAUCGCGAAGCAGGCUGGCGAGCACCUGAAGCCUGUGCUACUUGAACUCGGAGGAAAGGCCCCAGCAAUUGUGUGGGACGAUGCCGACCUCGACCUGGCCGCCAACCAGUGUGCUGUCGGUGCUUUCCUACAUGGAGGACAAAUUUGCAUGAGCACGGAACGAAUUAUUGUUCACAAAAAGGUCACCGAGGAGUUCCAAGCUAAGCUGGUGGCUUCCGUCGAGAAAAUCUUUCCAUCGAAGUCCGAUGCACCGGUGCUUAUCAACCAGCUUGCUGUUGAGAAGAAUAAGAAGCUGCUUAGGGAUGCAGUAGACAAAGGAGCUGCCGUUGUGGCAGGAAAGAUCGACGCCGAAGAGGUGUCUCAAACGAGACUGCGGCCGAUUGUCAUCAAAAACGUCAGCCCCGAUAUGGACAUCUACCAGACAGAGUCUUUUGGGCCCUCUGUCUCUCUGUUUGAGGUGGAGACAGAAGAAGAAGCUCUGAGUAUUGCUAACGACACCGAAUACGGACUCACGUCUGCUGUCUUCACGGAGAAUCUGCGUACGGGUCUACGUUUUGCCAGGGAAAUAGAGUCCGGUGCUGUGCAUAUCAAUAACAUGACGGUCCAUGACGAGAGUGGUCUGCCUCAUGGUGGAGUCAAGUCCAGUGGCUUUGGCAGAUUCAACUCAACCGGUCUAGAGGAGUGGGUAAGAACCAAGACAAUCACCUACCGGAUCUAA